AUGUUGGUUCCUCCUGCUAACUUUGGCAUUGCUGAAGAGGGGAUAUAUAGAUGUUCCAAGGUGGAAACAUUGAAUUUGUCCUUUCUGGAAACUCUUAAUUUGAAGACCGCUAUAUUCAUUGGAGGUCAGGAACCAUCUAAAUUUUUCAAAGAUUUCUUUACGAGGUCGUCUAUCAAGUGGAUUGUUCUAAGAAUGUCUGAUUUCUCAGCUGCGGCGGUUCCGGUAAAGAGCUCUUCUGCCUCCAAGUCUGUCUCACAUUCGAAUAAUAAUAGUAUUUCGUCGCUGCAGGAUGAAAAGAAAACAAACUAUUCAAAUGUUUCACAAAACUCUGUUGCGACGGACCCUGUCGCUCGAGAAGAAUUGUCUUAUCAUUUAUCUGACAAUGAUGACCUGAUGCUGAUUAAGAGUACAUGCUUAAAGAGAACUUUUAAAACAUUAUUGAAUGCAGAUAACUACAAUGUUCUAUUGGUAGAUAAAACCGCGUUGGUUAUUGGUAUACUUCGAAAAAUUCAAAAAUGGAAUAUUGCAUCAAUAAUCAAUGAAUAUAGGCUAUUCUCUGGUAAGAAUAGAAAUUAUUUUGCGGAAACAUUUCUUGAAAUAAUUUGCAUUAAUAUAGAACAGGAAAAAGAUGACAAGACAAUUGUCAAGAGACAGUCUCCUGAGAACAAUAAUAGAACUCACUCGAUAGAGUACAAGGCCAAUUCUGGUAAACUGAUUAAAGUUAAUGAAGAUGACCUUUGCAAGGAACCGGAAGUACCUCAACGACUUUUAACGUUGAUAAAUCAAAUUGAAACGAAGGUAAAAAAUAACAAAGUAUUGCAAGUCCGUGGGAUUAUGAGAGAUGAUUUGAAGAAGGCUUCUUCUGAUCUAGGGAUUUUUGGUCAUAGGUAUAGAUUGGCAUUCAACAAAAAGGAAAAUGGAGAGUAUGGCUACUAUAAAGCAGGAGGGAAAGAUAAUGUCAAAAUAAGGAUACCUGGCGAUCCACAAUUACCAGACUGGUUUAAGUUCCAAAGAGAUUUGUGGGAAAAAGAAAACGUUCCAGAAGAACAUCACUUUUAUAGGGAACAUAUUUUUACAUAG